AUGAAGAUUUUGGGCUUCUUCUUAUGGACCUCCUGGUUUUGCAUCUCUGUCUCCUUGGCUUUGCAUCCAAAAUGUGAGCCCAUCAGGAUUCCUUUCUGCACGGAACUGCCGUACAACAAGACCAUCAUGCCCAACCUGGUGAACCACCAGAUCCAGGAGGACGCCGGGCUGGAGGUGCACAUCUACUUCCCGCUGGUCAAGGUCAACUGCAGCCCCGACAUGAAGCUUUUCCUCUGCAGUGUCUACACACCCAAGUGCAAUAACCUAGGCGUGCCACUUCCGCCGUGCAAAGACCUUUGUCUGUCGGCAAAAAAUGGUUGCGGUCCCCUGAUGCAACGUUUUGGUUUCGCCUGGCCUGACGUCUUGAAUUGUGACAAGUUUCCCAAUCCAGGAGAUGGAGUCCUUUGCUAUGCUAAACCAACCUCCGUCUAG